AUGCAUAUCAACUUUCUAGCCCUGGUUUGGGGCUAUAUUAUACCCAUCGUGCUCACCUUACCAAGUCUUGACUCCCUCUUUCAAAUCAAAGCAAACACAGACUCGGAUGGCGGCUUUUGCUCGCAGCUCCCAGAUCCGCUUGGAAAAUGGCUGUCUGAGAGUGGGACUUUGGUUAAUGCAGGCCUUCAGGCACUAAGCGGUGUCAAAAAUCCUUCUGCGUCAGAGAAUAAAGUUGCAAAGGAUUAUCUCUGGUCUUAUUUCAACAUGUCCCCCGAUGAUACGGACGCAAUGAAUCUCGUUCAAAAACUUCUUGAAUGGACAGACUACAACAGCCAACAUUCCAUACCUAUUCUGCAACGACAACGGUCUGACGUAGCUAAGGAUGUGAAUGGAAAUGAUAUCUUUGAAUACGACUCGACUGCCAGUGACCACUUGAGCCCAGUGUCAAUUGAGAAUAUUCCGUCUUAUCAGGAAAUGCCUUGGACGGUGCAAAAAAAUGGCCGGAGUGUACGGAAUAAUCAGGUACCGUAUUGGUCGGAUGACAUGAGGCAGUACCUCUUCGAUAUUAGUUAUAGAGGAAAAACUUACUGCACUGUGAGCAAUAGUCAUCUGGGAGCCACCCAACAUGAAACGACCCCUAGUUCUAUCACAUUAUACAAAGCUGGUGAAACGCUUGGAGACAAGGAACCCGCGAAGGGCCUUUCUAUCACGGAUAUUUUCCCACGGAGCGGUACGUUCUAUCAUGAGCUGUUCCAUCUCACGAUUGGAAACGAACAGACUCCAGAUAUUACUAGUACUUAUUCAUGGACCGAACAACAAAAAUACCUCAAGACCCCCGAUAGAAUCCCGAGCGGCUACGAUGAAAAUUACCAGACGUUGAUUCGACGAAAUCCUGAGACAUAUGUGUGGUUCGGUGUUGGAUAUUGGUACUUCCAGCAGACUCAGUGGACUUCGACAAACCAGAGGUGGAGUUUCCAUUCUGGUGCAGGUGAACUCCUUCAGCUAAAAUUGAGUGAAAAGGAUCGUGGGACAGAGUUUAGUGAAAGCUGGGUAUGA